AUGACAUCCUCCGCGGCAGCAGGAUCGGAGGAUCUUGUGUCUCUGGGUAGAGAGGCGAUCAUGCCCACUGACACGCUGAGCAACGAUGAUCUGACGCGGUUAUAUACGUGGGUGGACGAAAUCAAGCUGUCGAGGCCGAAGCGUAACAUCACGAGAGACUUCAGCGAUGGCGUCCUUGUCGCAGAGGUCGUGGCGUUUUACUUCCCGAAGCUGGUCGACCUCCACAACUACGCUGCUGCAAAUGCGGUGGGCCAGAAAACUUACAACUGGAACACACUGAACGACAAGGUUUUGAAAAAGAUGCAGUACCAAAUUCCAAAGGCAGACGUGGACGCGGUGGUGCAGUGCAAGCCGGGGGCGAUCGAGAAGGUUUUGUACACGUUGCAGCUGAAAAUGGCUCAGUAUCGAGAGCGAUCUAAAGCUGGCUGGGGGGCUUCUUCUUCUUCCCGAGCAGAGCAGGGUGCGAAAACCUCCGGCGGAAGCGGUGGUGUGGGGGUGGAAGUCGCCAUGUCCCCCGAGGACAAGCAGGCGCUGGCGGACAGAGAGGAGGAGACUCAGGAACUCCGGGAGACGAACGAACUACUCCGACUCAAGAUCACCAAGCUCGAGCAGCUGCUGCGCCUCAAGGAUGCAAAGAUCCAGAGACUGACGGAAGCCUCAGAGGUUGGGGGCAUGCUGCCAUAGCCUUGGUUGCUCUGGCUUGCGCGUGUGUGCGUGGCGCUCGAGUCGGGACGGGGGAUAGUGCACGAACGUGUUUCUUCAUUGUUAGCAUACCCACGUCAUGUUGCCUUCCGCACUUCUACUGUAACAUCAGCUUAUCGGAGUGAGUUGUAAUCCUGUCUCCCGGUUCAACUUGUGGGUAUGUGGACAUAACGACAUCGUGUCAUGGGUCGUUUCGCCGUGAUGCAGGGCCAGUACCUGUGAUUAUUGCGUAUUCGCUCAUUCCUUGUGCUUGAGGCAACGGGCGUACCACACGAGUCAAGGAGGUGACAAAUCGCUCGGGCCUAACGUUGACUGCCAGGCCCUCACUGGAGGAGGGGGUUAGACUUGCCGUCAAAGAACGCCAUACGUAGCGUGUGCUGAGCUCUACGGGGCCCUUGGACUAUGGCUGCUUCGUCCUGCAGCAUGUAAAUGGAGUAUCAAAACGUGCGGAAGACUUGAGACGAGCACAAGGUCGGUCGCCAAUACCACCGGCGUUUGCCGUACAGAAGUAGGUAUUCAUGUGCAUACGGACGUGCGAGCUCAAUGCCAUACUUCCCCAUACAACCCAGCUGUGUAACGUGUAUUUGGGAGCACGACGUCGUACUUGAAUGCGGUAAACACGGCAACCAACUACGCAAUACUGUUGUCCAUAGAUGUGAGGGUGGUGGCAAUAUUCUACGUGCGCCCGAGGUACAUGCGUUCUACAUUUCGAUAGCCUUUAACUGGGCCAGCUGACAUCUUUAAUGAGGGACUGCUUCCGGCCUCCGCAAGGAGAAAUGCGUCAAUAAACGCCGGAAACCACGCUAGACAACGGAAAACCAAUAGCAACGCUAGGAGUGAGCACCUUGAGCGGUUGCAAACAUCGGGCCACCGCAGUUCUACAAGCAGGACGCCUACACGUCAUCCACCGCUGCGGCACGAACAGACAACGAAACAGGCGCAACCAACUCUUUUGCAACCAAAGGUACACGACAGGCAGUACUUAUCAUCUAAAUCCUUGUGAGGGGGGGAGGGGGAGCGUGUAGCCCAACAACAGCUACAUGCCGCCCCCGCCCUGCUGAGACUUCAUCAGUCGCCCCAACACGAACUCGCUCGUGUCGAAGUAUUUCAAGACUGUGGCGUUGAUGCAGCUCUGCUCCGAGCUGGAGAGCGACGAGGACGGCUUCUGUAUGCACUUCGUGAAGGCCAGGUCGGUAAGCCGGGAAACGAUGGCCUGCAUCUGGGCCUUCUGUUGCUCGACUUGCAUCGCCGCCUAUCACCCAUUCCCGGCGACGUUGCGCCGCCUCCUCCUCGGCUAGGUGGGCCGCUCGCGAAGUUGGUGGAUCCCUCGAAGGUCGAAGUGUCCGACGAGAACGUCGGCUCCGGCGUGGGCUCCGGCUCCGGCUCCUUCUUCCCUCUGAACCAGCUCAUGCUUUCGUGUGUGGUGGUGAAGGUCUAAGCAAGCGUCAGAAUGGGUCAAGUGUGUGC